GCCUGGGCUGCGGUGGAAGCGCGGAAUCAGGGCCCUUGAAUCCGAGAUUUGUGAACUGUCGGCCAGCUGUGACGGAACAGGAAACCCCGCAGAAUAAGCCGGGGAAGCAUACGAUAUCCCCGUGUGGAAGAAACGGAGUUAAUCGUAUUGGCUGCGGGAGGGAUGUGACCGGCCUGCCUUGGCCAUCCCGGUGGCGGCUGCUGCUGCAGUGGCUGACAGGCAGCUAAAGAAAGGCCGGGGAUGGGCCAGCAGGUAGGCCGCGUUGGAGGUGAGGCACCCGGAGCUCAACAACCACAAAGGGGAAGCAGAGGAACCGGGACCAAACCGAGCAGCCACCCUGGGGCUGCAGGAACGGGAGCAGGGAGCCGCAGGAGGGAGGGGACCGGCAGGACCAACCCAGAAGCUGGAUUCAACAUAUUCACUCAGCACGAAGCUUUGCACCGUCCUUACGGAGGUGACUUGGAAUCGCAAGCCCUCAAUGAUGCUAUCCGCUGGAGCUCCAAGGAGAACCUGCUUGGAGCCACAGAGAGUGACCCCAACCUCUUUCUUGCCCUGUAUGACUUUGUGGCCAGCGGGGACAACACCCUUAGCAUCACCAAAGGAGAGAAGUUGCGUGUGCUUUGCUACAACCAGAAUGGGGAAUGGUGCGAAGUUCUUUCUAAGAAUGGCCAGGGCUGGGUGCCCAGUAAUUACAUCACCCCUGUCAACAGCCUGGAGAAGCACUCGUGGUACCACGGGCCGGUGUCUCGCAGCGCUGCAGAGUACCUACUUAGCAGCCUUAUCAACGGCAGCUUUCUGGUGCGCGAGAGCGAAAGCAGUCCCGGGCAACUUUCCAUCUCCCUGCGUUAUGAGGGCCGCGUCUACCACUAUCGCAUCAAUACAGCCUCUGAUGGCAAGGUCUAUGUCACCGCUGAAAGCCGUUUCAAUACGCUGGCUGAGCUAGUCCACCAUCACUCCACUGUGGCCGAUGGGCUCGUUACUAUCUUACACUACCCAGCACCCAAGUGCAAUAAGCCCACAGUUUACGGAGUGUCCCCCAUCCAUGACAAGUGGGAAAUGGAACGCACAGAUAUUACCAUGAAGCACAAGUUAGGAGGGGGACAGUACGGAGAAGUGUAUGUGGGGGUUUGGAAGAAAUACAACCUCACGGUAGCUGUCAAAACACUAAAGGAAGACACAAUGGAGGUGGAGGAAUUUCUCAAGGAGGCAGCUGUUAUGAAAGAGAUCAAACAUCCAAACCUGGUCCAGCUGCUUGGUGUCUGCACAUUGGAGCCACCGUUUUACAUUGUUACAGAAUACAUGCACUUUGGAAACUUGCUAGACUAUCUGCGAGAGUGUAACAGGGAAGAAGUGACUGCUGUGGUGCUGCUUUAUAUGGCCACACAAAUCUCCUCUGCCAUGGAGUAUCUGGAGAGAAAGAACUUCAUCCACCGGGAUCUGGCUGCUAGGAACUGCUUGGUGGGGGAAAAUCAUGUGGUAAAAGUGGCAGAUUUUGGACUAAGUCGCCUUAUGACUGGAGAUACGUACACUGCUCACGCUGGCGCAAAGUUCCCUAUUAAAUGGACUGCUCCCGAGAGCCUUGCAUAUAACACCUUCUCUAUUAAAUCUGACGUCUGGGCUUUUGGUGUGUUGCUGUGGGAAAUUGCAACCUACGGCAUGUCGCCAUAUCCCGGCAUUGACCUGUCACAAGUAUAUGAUUUGUUGGAGAAGGGUUAUCGCAUGGAGCAGCCUGAGGGCUGUCCUCCAAAGGUCUACGAGCUAAUGCGUGCAUGUUGGCAGUGGAACCCUGCAGAGAGGCCAUCCUUCUCAGAGACUCACCAAGCUUUUGAGACCAUGUUCCAUGACUCCAACAUUAAUGAAGAGGUAGCAGAGGAACUUGGUCGCACAGCUGCCUCCUCUUCAGGUGUGUCCUACCAGACUCGCCUCCCCAUGCUUCCCUCCAAAUCACGCACUUUGAAGAAGAAAGCCGAGAAUAAAGAGAACAUUGAAGGCACAGGGGACUCGUCUGAUAACUCAACCUCUAGUACUACACCAGGAGGACUUCGUGGAUCUCCUGUUGCCAGCGGGUCCCCUGCUUUACCUCGUAAACAGAGGGAUAAAUCGCCCAGCAGCCUAUUGGGUGACACCAAGGAAACAACAUUCACACGGGACCGUAAAGGAGGUUUCUUCAGUUCAUUUAUGAAGAAAAAGAGUGCCCCGCAGCCACCUAAACGCAGCAGCUCCUUCCGUGAGAUGGAAAACCAACCUCACAAAAGACCAGAGCUGACUGGAGAGCUAUCUUCUUUCCAGCCGCUUGAAAGUUUAGAUUCCCCAGCUUCUCCAGGCUCCCAUAAGUGUUAUGGGGGCUUAUCUCAGCGUAGUUUUUCAGGAGAAGAGGCCAUAGCACCGGUCAGUGGGGGGUGGACUGGUUUCUUCACACCACGUCUCAUCAAGAAAACAUUUGGACUACGAACAGGAAAAUCAGGCAGUGGUGAGGAGCAACCUAAACCUUUCCCCAGGUCUAAUUCCACAUCUUCCAUGAAUCCUGUUGUGUCUGAGCAGGAUAGAUUGUCAAUGACACUGCCCAGAAACUGCCACAGGACUAAAGUCCAACUAGAUCGGACUGCGUCUGUUUCAUCACAGCCAGAUGAGAAUCAGCAGAACGUCCACAGGACUGCACUAGAGUCAGCACCUUCCCAGCCAUCUAGGGACAGGGUAAAGCCCAAGAUGCUUCCACGAACCGGAGGUAGUGAGAGAAAUGGUGGUCUACGAACAGUUGCAGAUGAGAGGUCAUCACCCAGCAAACACAUAUCAGGCGCCACCUCCUCCUUUCCUGCAGCAGCCCACAACCAUAAAGUGCCCGUUCUUAUCUCCCCUUCUCCCAGAAACCCAUCUGCAGAGGUGCAGCUGGUCGGCAUGGACUCCCUUGGUCAUACCUUCAAAUUGCUUCAGGAACAUGCAGCACCAUCUAGUUCAGAGAGAGAUCGCCCCUCUCACAGACGCCUGAAGCCAAAGUGUGCCCCACCACCUCCCCCAAAUCUGCGAGUUCUCCCUCCUCCACCCCCUGAGGAUAGCGACGCAUCUGCACCUACACUACAAGGACCUGAACGGACGGCCAGGCCUGCGCGGCCUUUGUUACCUCCACCUCCUCCUGUUGCUCCUACAGGAAAGCUCUCAAACGGAGCGGCAGGAGGUGGCAGGGGAGCACUAAGGAAGCCAAAGCAGCCAAUUGAAAAGGUCCCUCCAGAGAAAAUAAGCAAAGAGGCCUUACUGCAAUGUGCUGGAUUGUUAUCAAAUGCCCUGUCUUUACCCCAACCCAACAGCCAGCUUGUGGACACUGGUCACCAGCUUCUGGACUACUGCACAGGAUACGUGGACUCCAUUCCCCAGACACGGAACAAAUUUGCUUUCCGUGAGGCGGUCAGCCGGCUGGAGGUCAGUUUGCAGGAGCUGCAGGUGUCUUCAGCUGGUGGGGGGGCAGGAGGCUCCUCUGCUUCUUCCCAGGGAUCAAACCCUGUACUUAACUUACUGUCCUGCGUGCAGGAGAUCAGCGAUGUGGUGCAGAGGUAGCUAAUGAGAAUGAAAUUGGAAGGCAUGUUUUAAAUCCUACCCCAGUACGAUGAAUUAUAGCACCAUAAAUUACUGCCCUCUCGCACAGAGAUGCACUGGCAUGCGUAUAGAAGGGGAGCGUAACCUCAGCGUUGGGAAGAGCCCAUAAAGGGGUCUUAGGCCAUCUUUUUGUUUUUUACAUUUUUGUGUGUAUGUGCUUUAUGUAAACACACAAACAUUUUUAAUAGAUUAUCAUGUUUUUUUCUUCCAUCUCAGGUUGCAUUUUUUUUUUACUUUGGCAUUGAGAUUUCUGUCUCCUCCUCCUGAUUGGGUCCAAAAUUAUUGCAGCUUAUGUUGGCUGCUUUUCUGAGUGUCUGGAAGCAGGUGGGCUUUGGGUGUUUAAAGUGAUACACUGGGAAAACUAGUGAUAUACAGGGCAGGUAGCCCCCGGAACUGGAACAGGGUAUUCAGACAGAGGUGCAGAAUUUAUGCUGAAAUAACUGGUUGUAUAGUUAGACGUCUCGAGGGUAAAUAUGGCUUCAGUAGGAUGAUUGCUUUGAUUUAUUCAUAUAAUUUGUUUUAUACCUCAUUAUACCUCAUUUUGUUCUGAUGGGCCUGCGAAACACCCUUCUGCCAUGCAUUGCAGGAAAUCACAAUGGUAAACAUGAAUGUCUUUGCCAAAUCUUUCUAUUAUUGCAGAAACAAUCUUAAAUGCAAAAUAUUUGCUCGUUCAGCUUGCUUUUGAUGAAAUUCCCUUGUCCGGAUCAGUCACUACUCGUUUUCGAGCUUAGGUGGUCUUACAGUGUGUUAGGACGUACCCUUGGACGGUGGGAGCCUACUUGUGCUUGUAUUACAGGAUGGAUGCCACUGACAUUUUAACCCUUAUUUUCAUUUUUCAUAUUAAUAUACUUGAUUUUUUUUAUUACUCCAUGUUUGGUGGAAUUUUAGAUUGUACCCUCAUCCAGCAGUGAGUGCCCCUCUCUCUCCCACCCUCCUCUCUCUCUCUCCCACCCUCCUCUCUCUCUCUCCCACCCUCCUCUCUCUCUCUCCCA